AUGUUUGAUUGCUUUACCGAAGAAAGUGCUCUCUAUACAGAUGAACCUAAAAAAGUUGAGGCGGAAGGUCGUUUAGAAACAGUCCAAAAUGCAAACAUGCCUAGUACACAUUCCCCUGAAGUUAUAGGCGUAGGUCCUUCAUUCGAAUCAUGCGGAUUUGAUGUCUUACCACCUUGCAAUGUUAACGAAUCGGUUUCCUGUAAUUUUGUUACAAUGGAGAACCCUCCUGCUUCUAAUGGUGUUGAGACCCUGCCAAUUAUGGAUUGCUUUGCAGAAGAAAGCAUGUUUCUUGUGAAUGAUAAUGGCAAAAAUGAGGAACUUAAUAAUCUCGAACAUUUGGGCAAUGCUACACCUCAUUUCAAUACAAGCAACAUAUAUGAAGAUCUAGGAGACUUGGAAAACUUGGGUAGAGUUGGUGAAGUCGGAUAUAAUUUCUGCAGUGAGCCUGAUUCUAGGAGCCAUUUUCUGGAGCUAUAUGAUCUCGACCAACCUCAGCAUCCUAAUCUCUUCUUUUAG